AAAGCAUCAAAGCACAACUACCUCCCUCAUAUAUAUGACGUGUUUUAAAGAAAAAAAAUCAACAUAGACUCUCGAUCGAUCACAACCAAGGCCGGACAUCAUUUGUGUUAUUGUGUGAUGUUAAAAUUUAAUUUAAAUAAAUUUAGUUUGCGGGUAUGAAUGAUCAUUGUUGGCUAUAAUAAUUGUAUAAAUAGCCGCUCAUAGUUUUUUUAGGAUGAAUCCGUACUCGACUAGGCAGGGCUCCGUGAUUUUUAGUAGGUAAUUAUUCGCCACCGGUCCGACUAAAGGGGUGCACGCUUGUACUGAGUUAUUGAUAUAGUGUACACGUGACGGCCCACGUCACCUUUUUUCACCCACUUCUUUUUAUUUAUCUUUUUCUUACCUACUUACUUACUUUCUUACUUACUUACUUACUUAAUUACUUACUUACUUACUUACUUACUUACUUACUUACUUACUUACUUACUUACUUACUUACUUACCUACCUACCUACCUACCUACCUACCUACCUACCUACCUACCUACCUACCUACCUACCUCUUUCUUUCUUUCUUUCUUUCUUUCUUUCUUUCUUUCUUUCUUUCUUUCUUUCUUUCUUUCUUUCUUUCUUUCUUUCUUUCUUUCUUUCUUUCUUUCUUUCUUUCUUUCUUUCUUUCUUUCUUUCUUUCUUUCUUUCCCUCUUUUCGGUCCGCUUGUUUUUGCUUAUCUUUUUUUUUCUCUUUAAUUUCUUUAUUUCCUCAUUCCCGCAUUCUUUUUAUUUGGAGACCAGUGAUAAGUCCGUAUUUCGACAAUAAGUCUGUAUUUCGACACGCAUUUGAUGCGUGAUGAGAUCCUAGCAUAAAGGUGUCAUAAGUCUCAUUUUUAGCUCAAAUCAUAUUUUAUCGGACAUUGGUUCGUGUUUGAUAUUUUUGGAGUCAAAAUCAGGGAAUUAAGUCCGACACCGGCAUUUUAGAAGUAAUCGAGAGAGUUGAGACGCAUUUGAGAGUUGAUUAGGAGCAUUGAAGGUCAAUGAGGUGUUAAAGACGAAGUGUUGAAGACAAAAGAGCUCUAGGAUUGGCUACGAGAUCAAACGAAGACGAAUAAAGCUUGAAACGACGAUCAGGAUGUCGUCCUGUCAUUCGUUCAAGCAUAUCUUUUUGUAGAAACAUCCAAAGUACAACUUUCAAGUUUCAUAUGAAAGCUAGCUAACUUCAAGGGAUACAAAUCAUAUGAAGACACCAUGACGAGAGUCUGAGAAGAGAAAGGUGAAAACAGAUGAUGAAGCCAGAUAAUCGAUGUUGAGAUAUCAGGAUGCGACCUUCCACAAUUUUAUUCAUAUCUUAUGAUUGGAUGAUUUAAAUCCAGUUUCGCAAGUUGUGUUGGAUAGAAGACGUCAUUAACUACAACCUUGAUGAAGGAAGCAUAGUCAAAUUCGGAAGGGAAAGGCGCACGUCAUUCGCCCGAAAUAUGCACGUCGUGCGCGGAAUAAAAAAAUCACGGAGGAACUACCGGAGGCCACGCAUGACGUGCGUGGCCAUUUAUGCGCGUGUUUUUUUUGCUCCGGGCGCACUAGGACACGCACGCCGUGCGUGCGCUCCGGUGUCCUUUUUCGGCUAGAAUUGCUCCAUGUUUUCUAUUUAGAGAGAGACCUAAGGACAAAAUUUUACGUAUUUUUCUGCUUUGUUCAUCAAGACUCUGGGAUUAUUUGUAAGUUCCAUCUUAUUUAAUUAAUGACAAUUAAUUCUUUUCAUCCCAAUUCUAUCGAUUCUAUGGUCAAUUUCAUGAUGGAUUAAUUGCAUGAUCUUUAUUGAAUUUGUGUUUGAAUGAUUUAAUUGAUAUCUCUUGUAACAUAGAACUGCAGCUAGGGUUAUAAUUGUACAUAGAAUAAAUUAAGAGAGAUCUAAUCUAUUCUAGGACAACUUCACAAACACUUAACGUUCGCUAAGAGAUUAGUGGCGAUUAAGGGGCCGUACGCUUGCUCGUUUUGACAAUAAUUUAGAAUUAUGUUGCAUGAGAGAUCAGUUUGGUCCUCUAAAUUAUUGUACUCUACGCCGCGAGAGCGGUUAGAACUUAGUAUGGAUUAGCGUUGCUCAAUUAAAUAAUUUUCAUGUGGUUAAGCCUAAUCAGCCAGAAAUCUGGUUACCCCGUAAUCAACCCAUGUUCCCUUGGUCGUUAAUUACAAAGAACCAAAUUUGGUUACCCUAGAAAUCUGCAUUUUAAUUUUCCUAACAAUCAAAUCUCGCACAUUGCAUUUAUUUUAUUUCUUUUUAAUCGCUGAAUUUAGUUAAUACUCACAUCAACCAGCAAACCGUCUUUUUCCUUGCAAACAUACAAUUCUCACCAGCAAACCGUCUUUUUCCUUGCAAACAUACAAUUCUUCCAUGGGAUCAGCUUGAUGUGACGAUUUGUCUCUUUCUUUCUUCCUCUUUCCAUGUCCCCCCUUCUUUCUUUCCCUAUAUAUCAAUGACUACAUGGGCAAGAUGAGGUUUGGGAAUUGAUAAGAAUUUGUAUACUAUGAGAGAAUGGACUAGGGCUACAUGUUCAGAAUGCACAACUGCUUUUGAUGGCUUGCAUCUGAUCAUUAUCGCCAAAUACAGAAGAAGAAAAUUCAUCUGAUAUUACAAAAUGAUUAAAGCUAACAAUAACGAGACCGAGUUUAUGCGUAUUACAAGAAAAUGUUAUAUUAAAUAUUAGUAACUUUGUACGCGUUGGUGAUGGUGUCUCGUUAAAAACUUUGUGUAUAAAAAUCACAAAACAUUAGUCUCUUUAUAUGCCGCGUCGCUUUAGGGAUUUAUGAUGUUGUCAAGGAGGAAAAACGAUGAAAGAGAAACUCUCGCAUCUCUCUAAACUUCCAUCUACCUAAAUUCGGUAAUGGAUUACCGGCACCAAUAUUCACAUCGCCUGAAUCCCUACUUUCACCCCUUCGACUAUCGAAAUGAGCACUUGGAACAAAGUCGUCCGCUUGAGCGAUUUAACCAAUUUCGUCCGCGUUUCUUCACUGGCUCACGUAACAGGAGCCAUCAGAAUCAUAAAGCAGCAGAUGAGCUAGAAAUAGAGGCACUCAUCAAUCACCUCUACUAUCUUUACUCAAAUCGGAACACACAGCUAGAAUGCCCGCGUCGGGAUCCAAAUCACGAACUGGAGCUCACCAGUCGAUUCCAAGCAGGGCCCAACAACUACAACAUGGACAUUCCGGCGGACUCCUGGUGCUCUGCCCGCCACAAACGUGGACGCCGACGCUCCACUCACAAGCUCAAUCAGUAAGUCACGACCAAUAACCGGUGGUCAACGGGUACGUCCAAUCGUUUUUUCCUAUUAGAUCAGGAAGACGAUUUAUCCACUCUUCCCCUACAAUCACAAAGCUUUAAACCAGAAAGACACUCCUCCCAUGGUUUCUUGAAAAAAGGGUCACGCGGAAUCCCUAAUGGUGCAACACAUAAGUCCGGCCAUACAAGCCGCAAAGGGAGCCACGCUAUCAAAAAAUCAUUGGCUUUAGAGGACAGAAGAUUAAAGAAGCAAAACUCGGGAUCUACAUCGCCAACCAAUUUGGCUGUUACGGAUGCUUUUGUGACGGGGAUUAAUCCGCAGGGGGGCAUUGGAAAGGACAAAGCCUUACUUGUUUUGCCGGUUGUGCCGGUGGGCCUUUCUGCGCAAGUUCAAGGUCGAACGGAGAAUCGUUCUGGCAUACGACCAUCCCCUACAGCUCACGACAGACCAGGCGGCAGGCCGGAGAGAGCAGAGAUUCCAUCUGUGGCAUCGCAGGGCACCGUGACCAACAAACGUGCAGACUGCCUGGGAAUGGACCCCCAUACGACUGGCGAUGUACGAAAACUCACAUGGGCGGAAAUAGUAAGGUGUGAAGUGGACAAAUGUGGAGACAAGUCCAGCACAUCUACUGGAAGUCUCAAUCAAUCCUCAAAUAAUCAGGAAAAUCAGAUUAUUACCAAGGAAAGUGCCGCUCACAAAGACGAGGCUGCCCAUCUUCAUGCCACGUCAGAUGAACUUUCCCAGGAAUUUGAAAAAUUCCAAUUUUUUGGAGAGGAGGGCUUUGAUUCCAUCAAAAUUGAAUCUAAACUCUACAGAUUUGCUGCCACAGAAAAUGAAAUUGAAAUUUUUGAGAUACAAAAAUCCUCGCUUAGAAGGAUUAAUUUCAAGUCAGGUCUUGCUCCACAGAUCUACAGUUUUAUACAACAGCUCACAGGCUCAAAUAAUUUUAUUCACAAGCAAAGCAGAAAAUUCGGGUCUAUCACGGUCUCUUCAGAGGUCAACAAAUCAGGCUCUUAUCUCAAGAUUGCUAAGGAGAAGGGGACUUACAUUCUAAUCCCUAAGGGCCCACGCAAUUUAAAUCUCAAUGAUUUUUUGACAUUAUUUUCUAAUUUUGUUGAAUUAUCUUAUUUAGAGCAGGACGAAACCACACAUUGGGAACAUGAAUCUACGACUUACUCCGAGGAAAUCACUAUUUCCAAACUAAUUUUCAACUAUGAAGUUCAGAGAGCCUAUAGCGAGAAUCAACAACCCCUCCUCUCUUUUGAAAAACAACCACAAAUUCCACUCCUCCAGGCUUAUUCUGAUGCCUCAGACAACUUCGAUCACUCUGAUGAUUCUUUCUUUUCAGACGAUUUUCUGGGACAUGCAACAGAAAGCGACCGUCGCCCCCCUUUAUCAAACCAGGAAGAAAUUAGAAAUUCCAAAUUCAACAGAACGAUUUGCCGUAAAUUAAAGUUGGUCACGUAUGAAAAUUGCUUGCCAACAGAAAAUCUCAACACGCAACUCAAACUCUACAGGAAAUCUCAAAAGAAUAAAAGGCGCCACAGCAUGAGGACCAGAUCACAGUCCAGAGACUUCCCUUGGGUCUACUUUAAUCUUUACUUUACUUUUCUUUUAUGUAUUUUGUUUUCCUUUUUUAUCUUCUUG